AUGAGUAGCGGGGGCGGCGCUCGGCUUGCCCCGCAGCGGGUCCGGAGCCGGCCGCCCUCCACUCCCGCUGCCCGUCGCUCGGGCAGCCUGGAACCCCGCAGCCACCGGCCCGUCGCUGAACACAAGCCCACGAGCUGCCAAGCAGGGCGCAGCCAUGGGAAGAGGAGGCGGUCUAGGGAGCGGCGGCACCGGCGGAGGCGGCUGCUACAGCGGCGGUGGUGGCGGCGACGGCUGCUGCUGAGCCCCGGCGACCGCGGGGACCCCGGGCUGGGGCCACGCGGGCCUGAGGCCUCGGCGCCAGCGGCCCCCGCGAGGACGCGAACCCGCGCUCUGUCUCCCGAGCCGAAGCUCCGAGGUCUCACAGGUAUGGAUCUUUGGCGGGUGCUCUUAACCUUGGCACUGGCAGUCUCCAGCGACACCUUUUCUGGAAAUGAGGCUACGCCAGCUACUCUUGGCAGAGCUUCCCCAAUUCUGCAAAGAAUUAAUCCAAGCCUGGAGACAAAUUCUUCUGGGAAGCCUCAAUUCACCUCGUGCCGUUCGCCAGAACUGGAGACCUUUUCAUGCUACUGGACGGAAGGAGACCAUCAUAACUUAAAGAUCCCAGGAUCUAUACAGCUAUUCUAUGCUAGAAGAAUCGCUCAUGAAUGGUCCCAGGAGUGGAAAGAAUGCCCUGAUUAUGUCUCUGCUGGAGAAAACAGCUGUUACUUCAACUCCUCGUAUACCUCCAUUUGGAUACCCUACUGUAUCAAGCUAACUACAAAUGGUGACUUGUUGGACGAAAAGUGUUUCUCUGUUGAAGAAAUAGUGCAACCUGACCCACCUGUUGGCCUCAACUGGACUGUACUGAAUGUCAGUUUGACCAGGAUUCACGUAGACAUCCAUGUGAGAUGGCAGCCACCACCCAGUGCAGACAUUCGGAAGGGAUGGAUAGCUCUGGAGUACGAAGUUCAAUUCAAAGAAGUCAACGAAACCAAGUGGAAAGUGACACGCCCCCUAAAGACAACAUCAUUUCCACUGUACUCACUGAAACUGGAAAAGGAAUAUGAACUGCGUGUGAGAUGCAGACCCCACAACUUUGAAAAGUACAGCGAGUUCAGUGAGGUGCUUUAUAUAACAUUUCCUCAGUUGAACACAUUGACAUGUGAAGAAGAUUUCCAGUUUCCAUGGUUCUUAAUUAUUAUCUUUGGAAUAUUUGGAGUAGGAGUGAUGCUAUUUGUAGUGAUUUUUUCAAAACAGCAAAGGAUUAAGAUGCUGAUUUUACCCCCAGUCCCAGUUCCAAAGAUUAAAGGAAUUGAUCCAGAUCUUCUCAAGGAGGGAAAAUUGGAGGAGGUGAACACCAUCUUAGGCCUUCAUGAUAACUACAAGCCUGACUUCUACAAUGAUGACUCCUGGGUUGAGUUUAUUGAGCUAGACAUUGAUGAUGCAGAUGAAAAGACUGAAGGGUCAGACACAGACAGACUCCUAAGCAAUGCCCAUGAGAAAUCACUCGGCAUCCUUGGAGCAAAGGAUGACGAUUCUGGACGCACCAGCUGCUAUGACCCUGACAUUUUGGACCCUGAUUUCCACACUAGUGACGUGUGUGAUGGUACCUCAGAGUUGGCUCAGCCACGGAAGUUAAAAGAGGAAGCUGAUCUCUUGUGCCUUGACCAGAAGAAUCUAAAGAACUCGCCUUAUGGUGCUCCCCUCGGCUCUCAGCACCCCUGCAUUACUCCAACAGCGGAAGACAAACCACAGCCACUUCUGAGGAGUGAAACUGAGUCAACCCACCAACCCGCCUCCAUCCAGAUGAGCAAUCCUGCUUCACUGGCAAACAUCGACUUUUAUGCCCAAGUAAGCGACAUUACACCAGCAGGCAGUGUGGUCCUUUCUCCAGGUCAAAAGAUUAAGGCAGGGAUGGCCCAGUGCAACACGCAGCCGCAACCUCAGGUAGCUGCACCCUGCCAAGAAAACUACAACCUGAACAGUGCCUACUUCUGUGAGUCAGAUGCCAAAAAGUGCAUCGCUGUGACCCCUCACUUGGAGGCCACGCCAUGUGUAAAACCAAGCUUUAAUCAAGAGGACAUUUACAUCACCACAGAAAGCCUUACCACUACUGCCCGGAUGUCCGAGACAGCAGAGCUUGCUCCUGAUGCUGAAAUGCCUGUCCCAGACUAUACCACGGUCCACACUGUGCAGUCUCCACGGGGCCUUAUACUCAACGCAACUGCUUUGUGUUUGCCUGAGAAAAAGAAGUUCCUCUCCUCGUGUGGCUAUGUGAGCACAGACCAACUGAACAAAAUCAUGCAGUAG